AUGUGGGUGGGUAGCUCCCUCUAUAGCAGCUCUGCAAAAGUGAUUGUCGGACGUCGUCUGAAGCAACGUCGAGUAGAGGCAUUGGGCCUAUUUCCCAAAGCUCGAGUUGUUCGCGGAAUCGAUUGGAGUUGGGGAAAUCAGGACUGUGUUUCCCCGUUAGCUUCUAGUGGAAGUGGUUCACUCUUGCUGGGCGCAUCCGGAUCUGCUCUAGGAUGUCGAACUGCUGUCCGACCCAGCGGGGAUGAUGCCUCAGCUGGACCAAUACUUCUCCCAACCCAAGGACGUAUUACCGAUAGACGAGAUUGGUAUCCAGGUGCCCCACGUUCCGCUGCUUUAGUUGCUUGGGACAGCGGUGCAUACAAUGCAAUUCGUCCAGCAAAAGGUGGGAGUUAUUAUGUGGAUCACUUACCCUUACUAGCUGAUCUUCGUGAUUGGAAUGCCAAUGAAGCAAGACGGAGUACCGACGAGGUCACAAUUAAUUGCACCGGUGAUGAAGAUGUGGCUGAUCUAUGCCGCGAUGCCUGUGGGAAUCCGUUGGUACCUAAUUGGACUAAUCUGCAGGAAUUGGAGAGCAGGCGUCGCAGAACCACGGUUUCUUCAUCAAAUGCUGAUGCGCAGCGGUAUCGUCGCGCUGCUCAAUCCACUCGCCAGUCAAGUCGAGCUGAAGGUUCAGGGCAUUCGAGUUCGCAUGAGCAUAACAGUACUGCUUCUCAGCGCCUGGCCUCAGCUACUAAUAUAUCACAAGAGCCCGCGGCAUCAAGUUGUUUGAAUGUUUGCACACUUGCCAGUCGACUACAGCUUCAGUCCGGUUCCGUGGAAAGUUAUGCCACAAACCAUCCAACCACAACUCGGCGCCCUGUGGCUGCAACCGGUCGUCUAAGUUCAAGACCCAGUCAAACUAGCUGUGCACGAGAGCGUGAUCUAGAUGACACUUGCAUGAAUCGCGCAUCUGCGGCAUCUGGUGGUGGUCUGCGCAAUCUGGGUCAAACUGCCCGUAGUCUCCUAACCGAUUUACUGCGCAGUAAUACGUCUGGUUGUGCAGUGCAACCGUUGAGUAACUCGGGUUCUACCGGCAGACAUGCUUCUGAGACAACCGGACAGGGACGAGCACAUACAGGAACGCGUUCUGCUAUGACAAGUCCACCCGUGUCUCGAAUUCAGAACCCAUGUAUGAGACAGGAAGAACGCAUCAGUCGGACGACAGAAUGUGGCGCAACGGCCUCUGCUAGAAGCGGCCCGAGAGUUCGAGACCCUUCGGGGACGCACCCUUCUCAGCGACGUGAGACAAACUCCAACGAUCGUUCUCGCCUGGUAACUCUCAUCCCACGAGCCGUGAUGGGUGUUCACACGGAUUCGAUCAAUCGGGAGAGUGUCUGUGCACACACCGAGCCCUCAGGUGUGACCGAUUCGAACGAGCCCGCCUUGCAUAGUGCUCUGCGCAACACUGGACAUCGUCGUGAGACGGGAACACGGUUGGUGUACGGUGUGUACAAUCAACUACACGGAAUUGUUCAAGAAGGUGGAGUUGGUGGCGUAACUGGCUCCGGUCAAGUCAAUGUGACCGCGGAUGCAGACUCAGCAGAGGUGGAACGGCGCAACUGUCAGCGUAACCACUGUCGUGGCCAAGCAGGACACUCCAAUGAGGACUUGAUUCGUGCUGCCGAAGAGGGCAAUGUGAGACGAUUGAAGUGUUUAUUACAGCAUCGACAUGUCAAUGUGGAUUCUAAAUUUGCCGGAGUCACCGCACUGCAUGUAGCUUGUCAAUUGGGCCACGCAGCGUGCGUAGCCGUUCUGCUUCAGUUUGGCGCCAAACGCAGAUUGCGCGUCGGUUCGGGCAAUGAAGCAAUUCAUGCAGCCGCAAUCGGAGGCAACCUGAGUAUUGUUAGACUGCUGCUCUCUUCUCGAAUUCGUCAUUGUUCUGUGAGCAUGCAAACUACAACUAAUCCUGAUGAGGGUGUGUUUUUGGAAUCCGAGGAGUCUGGGACACGUGAUGCAACUGAGGUUUUAUCCUCGGAUGAAGACGAUCUGCCGGAUGUGAACUCGCGGAACUCUUUAGGUCAGACAGCACUGCAUUUAGCAGUGUCUCGUCAUGACUUUUUGAUUGCUCAGUGUUUACUGGAAGAGUUUAAUGCACUGCCGAAUCUUCAGUCGGUGCGCCGAGUAACUCCGUAUUGUCUCAUGUUUGGUUACUGA